AUGUUUGAGCUCCCAGACGCCAAGAGGGUCCGGCGAGAGGACCUCGAUGCCUCAUCCGAGGACGAGGCGGCGGACCACGACGAGCAGCAGGAUGCGGAGCUCCUCGCCAAGCUGCACGCCCGCAUGGCGGGCAUGCUCGACCUGAGCGGCCUCGACCAGGCGCCGACCAAAACCGCCGCCGACGAGGACGACGCGCCGAUGGCGGACGGCCCGGCCCCCGAAACCCAGGGCGACGACAACGGCCCCGAAGAGUUCGAGUUCCGGCUGUUCACGACGACGGACCCGGCCACCAAGAUCGCGCUGGUCGACGAGGACGAGCUCGCGCUCCAGGGGGACGGCGACAUGCUGCGCAAGAGGCCGCUGUCGUACUACAUUGCCGGCGAGCCGACGGCCGAGGCCAAGGCGGAGCUGGCGUUCGCGGCGGUGUCGGGCGACGAGGUGCUCGCGCGCGCGGCGCAGCGGUGGUGGGGGAUGGAGAUGCCGUGGCGGGUGACGCGGGUGCCCGGCACGUCGAGGAAGGGGCCGAAAACGGCUGCAGGCGAGGGAGAAGAGGAAGAAGCGGCGCGGAGGCGGCGGCCCGGCAAGAAGAAGCGCAUCGCGCUGCGGGUCAAGGAGCGCGAGAGGAAGAAGAAGGCCGAGGAGCAGGAGAGGGCCAAGAUGGGCAAGGAGGAGGCGCUCAAGGAGAAGAAGAAGCGGCUCAACCGGCUCAAGAAGCUGCGGAAGCGGGCCAAGGCCAAGGAGGGGAAGAAGGGGGACGGCGAGGACGGCGCCGACGGCGACGACUCCGGGUCCGGGUCCGACGGGGGCGAUGAGUGA